CAACGAUGCCAUUCGAUAUAACAAAGUGCGCCAGGCCGAACAUCCUGGCGUUGGAGCCAUACAGAUGCGCAAGAGAUGACUACAAGGACGAUGGGACCAAUAUAUUGCUGGAUGCCAACGAGAACGCUUACGGACCUGGUCUAGCCCUCACUGACGACGGCAAGCUGGUCAAUGGCAACACAUCCGGCAUUGAAAUCGAUCUCCUUGGACUGAAUCGAUAUCCUGAUCCUCACCAGCAUGAGUUGAAGCAGCACUUGAUCAACCUAAGAAACACUCAUGUUCAUACCGAAAAGAACCUGACCCCCGAAAACCUCUUCGUUGGUGUUGGCAGUGAUGAGGCUAUCGAUGCUCUGCUGAGGGCCUUUUGCACACCCGGCAAGGACAAGAUCCUGACGUGUCCUCCCACGUACGGCAUGUAUGCUGUGUCGGCUCAUGUGAACGAUGUGGGGAUCGUCAAGGUGCCGCUCGACGUCAACAACAACUUUGCAGCUCAACCGGAAAAAAUCAACGAAGCACUCUCGGCUGAUCCACUGAUCAAGAUGGUCUACCUCUGCAGUCCUGGUAAUCCCACGGGUAGUUUAGUGGAUAAGGAGGCUGUUCGCAGUGUUCUGGAGCAUCCCACCUGGAACGGUCUUGUCAUUGUCGACGAGGCCUAUAUUGACUUCGCGCCUGAAGGGUCGUCACUCGCUGAGUGGGUGGCGGAGUGGCCUAACCUGGUCGUGAUGCAGACGUUGUCGAAAGCUUUUGGUCUUGCCGGUAUCCGAUUAGGAGCAGCGUUCACCAGCCCCGAAGUUGCAAAACUGUUGAAUAGUCUUAAGGCCCCUUACAACAUCUCGAACCCGACAUCUCAGAUCGCCAUUCAGGCGCUUCAGCCUAAGAACCUCGAAGUGAAUUACAAGCAUCGAGGACAGAUCAUUCAACAAAGGGAUAGACUUCUCUCCGAGAUGCCCAAGAUCCCAGGCGUUGGCCGCUUUCGAGGUGGAACGGCGAGUAAUUUCUUGCUCGUGGAGAUGCUAGAUACCUCAAGCAAGCCGAACAAUGAAGUUGCUCUUCAAGUUUACGAGAGGCUCGCGGAGCGGAGAGGCGUCGUAGUACGUUUCAGAGGAAAAGAGCCUGGCUGCCUGGGCUGCAUUCGUGUCACUGUCGGCACAGAGGACGAAGUGACUCGAUUUCUCAAGGAGUUGAAGAGCGUAUUGGAGGACGUCCACGCUGGCCGGGUGAGCCAGAACUCCAAGGCAUUGGAACAGCAAAAGGAGAAAGACGCGAAUGGAGUAAUAGCAUAGACAUAUGUAGAAGUGAUAUGCUUGACCUCUGUACCAUACAAG